AAGUACAAAGCUUGUACAAUAACAAUCCUCUUCAUAGUAUCAUAACCUCUCUCUCACACUCAAACCUAAACAUUCCUUAAAUUGUCUAUCAUUUUUUUUCACUAUACUAUUUUUUUAAAAAAAAAAUUCACAAGCUAUUUUGAAAAUUAAGUCUCUAGAGACAUAUCAAUUUUUACUUUCUUAUUUUACUACAAUGAGCAACAUGAAGAACAAAACAGCAAAAUUGUUGAAGCAAAUCAUAGCUGGUUUAACUUCAAUGACAAAGUCGAAAACUAUGGCUUUAAAAUCGAAAACAAAUGCCAUCAAAGCUCGUUUGAUUAUAUUCUCACUUAUGAAGAAUAAAAAGUUCCUUAUGAGUUCAAUUUCAGAUAAAUUUCAUUCUGUUUGGGGGAGCCAUUCUCAUCAUCAUUCCAAGGAUCGCGAAGAUUGUUUAAUUGAAGAAGGUGGUGGAAAUUUUGAUGAUCAUCAUCUUAGAGCCAUAGUUGUGUAUAACAACAAUGCUCACACUUAUGAAGCGUUGCAAAAUCCAAGUGAAGCACAAGUUGUGGAUGAACAAGAUCAAGAAGAUGGCUAUGAUGUUGAAGAUUACCCUGAUUUGACUCACACACUUUUUGAUUCCGAAGGUUUGGAUUUUGGAGGAUCGGUGAUUGAUAAGGUGAAGAAUUGUAAAGAAGAAGCCGGAAAAGAGUUUAAACUUGAAGACGAUAUUGAUGAAGUUGCUGAUCUUUAUAUUAGGAGGUUUAGAAGGAAUAUAAUCUUGCAAAAACAAGAUUCUUUGAAGAGGAAGAGGGAAAUUGCACAAAAGGGUUCAAACUAGUCGAAAUAAAAGUUCAAUCUCAUCUUCCUCUCCCAUUGUACUUUGUGAAGAAUAAAAAGACAUAUUAUAUUCUCACUUAUAAGAUGUCUUUCUUGGACUAUGUAUAUAUAUGUAUACAGGCAUUGCAGUCAUUAGAUUCCUUGUGAUAUUGUUAGUCCAAUAUUUAAGAGAUUGCAUGAACCAAAUCAGCAAGCAAAACAAGGUCUCAGAUGAAUAUCCAACUGCCAUGCAAUUUGUUUUUGCUUACAAAAUCAGCUUAGAUGUCAAAAACAAGGGCCAGGUUGGUAUAGGAGAAUGAUAAAAAAGUCUUAGACAAGAGGAAAAAAAUUGAUUGCAUCAAUGCUACUUAAUUGUGGAUAUUAAUUGUCUAAGAAAAUCAA